CUCGCGCUCUUCUUAACGGCACUUGAGAGGGAAACAACACAAAAAUACCCGCCAAGUUGUCGUUGGCCGUAACGCACACGCAUCGUGAUGCGCGAUCUGCUUAAGCUGAUGGAUUUUAAGGCGUUUUGUGAAACGGCAGAGUUGGAAGCAAUCAGCGUAGGCAGUGUUAGCCAAGGAAGCGAUGCCGCUGAAAUCCAAUGUGGGAUGGGUGCGUUAGAAUUCUUAGGGCCUGACCUUCUGAAUUGCUGAGCAAGCGCCCAGAAUGCCUACUCAGUAGGGGUGAUGCAUGGUCAGCACCUAGAAUCAGGCCAUCUGUGGAAAAGAGAAGAGAGAAAAAAUGAAGUGCCUAUUGUUAAUAUUUUUCAUGAUUUUCUUACCACGAUUUUCUGGGAAAUCUUUGAACAGAGAUAGCAAUUACCCCAAAACAUUUGAAGACAUUAAAAAAGAGAUAGCUGGCUAUUCCAACAUUGCUAAAGCUAUUAUUGAUCUUGCUGUUCAUGGAAAAGCUCAGAACAGAUCCUAUGAAAGAUUAGCAGUUUUUGCUGAUACCAUAGGACCUAGACUCAGUGGUUCAAAGAAUCUAGAUGCAGCCAUCAAGUAUAUGUUCAGUGCCCUGCAGGAAGACAGGCUGGAAAAUGUGCAUCUGGAGCCCGUGCAAGUGCCUCACUGGGAAAGAGGAGAAGAGUUUGCAAUGAUGCUGGAACCAAGGAAUCACAGCAUUGCUAUUUUAGGACUUGGGAGCAGCGUUGCAACUCCUCCAGAAGGAAUUAUGGCAGAAGUCAUAGUGGUAGCCUCUUUUGAUGAACUCCACAGAAGAGCUCAAGAGGCCAAGGGGAAGAUUGUUGUCUACAACCAACCUUUCAUCACUUACGGUGAAACCGUGCGAUACAGAUCACAGGGAGCAGUGGAAGCUGCUAAAGUUGGAGCAGUGGCAUCCCUUAUUAGAUCCAUUGCUUCUUUUUCUAUUCAUAGCCCACAUACUGGGUGGCAGAAUUACCAGUCAGGUGUACCCCAGAUUCCUACUGCUUGUAUCUCCAUAGAAGAUGCUGAAAUGAUGUCACGAAUGUCCUUGAGGGACACAAAGAUUGUUAUGUACCUGAAGAUGAGUGCUAAGACCUAUCCAGAUUCUAAUUCCUUUAACACUGUGGCAGAGAUAGUUGGAAGCAAGUACCCAGAGCAGAUUGUAUUGGUCAGUGGACAUCUGGACAGCUGGGAUGUUGGUCAGGGAGCUAUGGACGAUGGUGGUGGAGCAUUUAUAUCAUGGGAAGCAUUGUCUCUUGUUAAGGACCUGGGGCUUCGCCCAAAGAGAACUCUGCGCUUGGUGCUGUGGACAGGAGAGGAACAAGGAGGAAUAGGUGCUGAGCAGUACUAUCAGUUACACAAGGAAAAUAUCUCCAACUUCGAUAUCGUCAUGGAGUCUGAUGAGGGCACCUUCAAGCCGAUGGGACUGGCUUUUACUGGUACUGAUGAAGCUCGUAGCAUUGUCAAAGAGAUCAUGACUCUACUGCUACCUAUCAAUAUUACGGAUAUUUAUGACACCGCAGAUGGAACAGACAUUGAUUACUGGAUGAGAGAUGGGGUGCCAGGCGCCAGCUUACGUGAUGACAUCAGUAAAUACUUCUGGUUUCAUCAUUCUCACGGGGACACAAUGACAGUUCAGGAUCCAAACCAGAUGAAUCUCUGUGCUGCUGUUUGGACUGUCGUCUCCUAUGUAAUUGCUGACAUGGAGGAGAUGUUGCCAAGGUAAUAAAACAGCAAGAAGGAAGAUUUCUGUUCUUCAGUAAAGACUGAGAAUCCACUAAUGCAUGCCGUCUACAUCUGUGGUAAAAUUCCUUUUUCACCCUGCGCAUGAUUAUUUCUGUUUCCCUCAAAGCACAUACUCUUUUAUAUAUUCCUCUUUCUUUUUGCUGUUUUAAUAUCUUCCAUUGUGAUUUCCACUUACGGUUUCUUCUUUUAAGUACUUUUUAGUGUCUGAUCAAUGUAUGAUACCUCUUUGCGUAUGAUGUAAUAAUCAUUUGUAUGUAAAGUGCUCCUGUGUAGCAGGAAAAAUACACUGAAUAAAUUUUUUGCGUCAGAAUA